AUGGGAUACAUGGACUUGGCGGCAUCGUAUUCGAAUAAGAUGCGGAUUGUUGAAGCUCCAGCCAGCGGAGGCGGUCUCAGCCAGAACGGAAAAUUCAGCUAUGGAUAUGCAAGCUCAGCUGGGAAGAGGUCAUCCAUGGAAGACUUUUUCGAAACGAGGAUCGAUGGUAUCGACGGAGAAAUAGUUGGUCUAUUUGGAGUCUUUGAUGGGCAUGGAGGAGCAAGAGCAGCUGAGUAUGUGAAACGUCAUCUUUUCAGCAAUCUUAUUACUCAUCCUAAGUUCAUCUCUGACACCAAAUCUGCAAUAGCUGAUGCCUAUAAUCAUACAGACUCUGAACUUCUAAAGUCAGAAAAUAGUCAGACUAGAGAUGCUGGUUCUACUGCGUCUACAGCUAUCCUCGUUGGUGAUCGUUUACUUGUUGCAAACGUUGGAGACUCCAGAGCUGUUAUAUGUAGAGCCGGAAAUGCCUUUGCUGUGUCAAGAGACCAUAAACCAGACCAAAGUGAUGAGCGUGAACGGAUUGAGAAUGCUGGUGGUUUUGUCAUGUGGGCAGGGACUUGGAGAGUUGGAGGAGUUCUUGCUGUUUCUCGCGCGUUCGGUGAUCGACUACUGAAACAGUAUGUUGUUGCUGAUCCAGAAAUUCAGGAAGAGAAGAUUGAUGAUUCUCUUGAGUUUCUGAUACUUGCCAGCGAUGGGCUAUGGGAUGUUUUCUCCAAUGAGGAAGCGGUUGCUGUGGUGAAAGAGGUUGAAGAACCAGAGGAAUCAGCCAAGAAACUUGUGGGAGAAGCAAUACGGAGAGGAAGUGCAGACAACAUCACAUGCGUAGUCGUUCGUUUCCUGGAGAGCAACAAGGCUUCCGACAUAUCCUCAACACAUGCCAGCUCAUCGCAGGAAGCAGAUCAAGGCCAAACCGCAGUUAGAAAUGACUCAGACGAAAACAUCUCAACCAAACAAACCAAUCAAGAUCACACCGUGGCACACAGAGACUUGGACCGCAACGAUGAGAACCAAAAGCCGAUCGCAGCUAGAAGCGACGACUCAGGUCACAUCAGUUCGACCCAAAGGUCAAUGCCGAUUACAGCAGCAGAACGCAGCGUUUCUUCAGAACAGAGUGGUUCAACCGGCGAAAAGAAUCAAAUGCCAAUCGCUACUCACAGCGGCUCAGAGACCAAGAGCUCAGCCAAAGUACCUGAUCAAGAGAAGAUCACAGUGCACGAUAGUUUGGACCAUAGCAUUGUGAAUCAGAAGCAAAAGAUUGCAGCAACACACACCACUUCAUCGGAACAGAGCGGAUCAGCUGUUGAAAAACAUCGAAAGCCAAUUGCUAUUCACAGCAACUCAGAACCCAAGAGCUCAGCGAAAGUACCUGAUGAAGAGAAGAUCACAGUGCACGAUAGUUUGGACCAUAGCAUUGCGAAUCAGAAGCAAAAGAUUGCAGCAACACACACAAGUUCCUCGCAACAGAGCGGAUCAAGUAGUGACAAGAAUCGAAAGCCAGUCGCAGUUCAUAGCGAUUCCGGUACAAGCAAGGCAAGUAGCGUCCACUCUAACUAA